UAACAUGUCUGAGAACAGCUUUCAUUUCAGGAGAUCUCUCCUGAAUAUGUUUCCGCAAUCAGGAAAAUCAAUUGUCUUUGACAACUUUCCGGAUCCUACCGACACCUGGGAAAUCAUUGAAACAAUCGGUAAGGGGACGUACGGGAAAGUCUACAAGGUGCUCAACAAAACUGAUGGAAGCAAAGCCGCUGUGAAGAUACUGGAUCCCAUCCAUGACAUUGAUGAGGAGAUUGAAGCAGAAUACAACAUCCUUAAAGCUCUUUCUGACCAUCCCAAUGUUGUGAAGUUUUAUGGGAUGUUCUACAAGAAGGAUGUGAAAUGUGGAGAUCAGCUGUGGCUUGUACUGGAGCUCUGCAAUGGCGGCUCAGUGACAGAUCUGGCCAAAGGUAUGCUGAAGAGAGGAGACAGAAUGGAUGAAGCCAUUAUUGCCUAUAUCUUGCAUGAAGCCCUCAUGGGCCUCCAGCACCUGCACAUCAACAAAACCAUCCACCGUGAUGUCAAAGGCAAUAACAUCCUGUUGACAACACAAGGAGGAAUCAAACUCGUGGACUUUGGGGUUUCAGCCCAGCUGACAAACACACGUCUGAGGAGGAACACCUCUGUGGGAACUCCCUUCUGGAUGGCUCCUGAGGUCAUAGCAUGUGAACAGCAGCUGGACUCAACCUACGACGCUCGCUGUGAUGUCUGGUCUCUGGGUAUCACUGCCAUAGAGCUGGGAGAUGGAGACCCGCCCCUUUCUGACCUCCACCCAAUGAGAGCCCUUUUUAAAAUACCCCGGAACCCUCCGCCUACUCUCCACCAGCCGGAGCUCUGGUCAGAUGACUUUAAUGACUUCAUCUGCAAAUGCCUGAUAAAGGACUUUGAGCUGAGGCCAAAUGUGCUUGACCUGCUUCAGCACAUGUUCAUUAAAAAGACCGUUGGCAGAGAGAAGAUCCUGCAGAAACAAUUGAUUGAACUCAUUGAUCUCAACCAGCAAAUGGGAGUGAUUGAAAAAACAAGCCAUCAUGGAAAGACAGACAGAAGCACAGACAGUAAUGACAGGCAUGAACGUAUCCACACUAAAAAAGGAAGCCACAUGAAGACACAAACCGAUGCCGAUGAGGUUGAUGACCUCGCUACCCUUGAGGUUCUGGAUGAGAACACAGUCACAGAGCAGCUACAGAGUCGGUACAGCAGAGAUCAAAUUUACACGUAUGUGGGCGACAUCCUCAUCGCUGUCAAUCCUUUCCAUAAGAUGGAGAUUUACAUGCCUCAGCACACAAAGAUGUACAUCGGAGCAAAGAGGACGGCUAACCCGCCACACAUCUUUGCUGUGGCCGACAUCGCCUACCAGUCUAUGGUAUCAUACAACACCGACCAGUGUGUUGUGAUCAGUGGGGAAAGUGGAGCUGGUAAAACAGAGAGCGCUCAUCUGUUGGUGCAGCAGCUGACAGUUCUUGGAAAGGCCAACAAUCGGACGCUGCAGGAGAAAAUCCUGCAGGUCAACAACCUGGUGGAGGCAUUUGGAAACGCCUGCACCGUCAUCAAUGACAACUCCAGCCGCUUUGGCAAGUACCUGGAGAUGAAGUUCACCUGCGGGGGAACGGUGGUCGGAGCAAAGAUAUCUGAGUAUCUGCUGGAGAAAUCCAGAGUCAUCCACCAGGCGAUAGGAGAGAGGAACUUCCACAUCUUCUACUACAUAUACGCCGGUCUGGCUGAUAGAAAAAAGCUCGCCCACUACAAGCUCUCUGACAGCAAAACACCAAAGUAUCUGUGUAACGAGCACAUUAAAUUGGGGCCUGAUAUAGUGAGCAACGCCUUCUACAAGGAGCAGUUUGAUGCAGUGGAGCAGUGUUUCAAAGUCAUUGGAUUCACCCUGGAGGAGCUGGGCAGUGUUUACAGCACGCUGGCUGCCAUCCUCAACUCUGGCGACAUUGAGUUUUCUGCAGUUGCUUCAGAGCACCAAACAGACAAGAGCAACAUUUCCAACAUUUCUGUCCUGGAGAACGUGGCAUCUCUGCUGCGUAUUCGCUCAGACGAGCUCCAGGAAGCCCUGACCUCCCACUGUGUCGUGGCCCGGGGAGAGACAAUCGUCAGGCCCAACACGGUGGAAAAAGCAGUGGAGGUGCGGGACGCCAUGGGCAAAGCUCUCUACGGCCGCCUCUUCAGUUGGAUUGUCAAUCGGAUCAACACGCUGCUGCGGCCUGACAGCCAGCUCGGAGAGGAUGACAAAGGCCUGAACAUCGGCAUCCUGGACAUCUUUGGUUUUGAAAACUUCAAGAAGAACUCUUUCGAGCAGCUUUGCAUUAAUAUUGCCAACGAGCAGAUCCAGUUUUAUUUCAACCAGCACAUAUUUGCUUGGGAACAGGAUGAGUACCUGAAUGAAGAGGUUGAUGCUCGGAUGAUCGAGUAUGAGGACAACCGGCCACUUCUUGACUUGUUCUUGCAGAAGCCAAUGGGGAUGCUUUCACUUCUGGAUGAAGAGAGUCGUUUCCCUCAGGCCACUGACCAGACACUUGUAGAGAAAUUUGAAGAUAAUCUGAAGACAAAAAGCUUCUGGAGGCCAAAGAGGGUGGACCUUGGCUUUGGCAUUCACCACUAUGCUGGAAAGGUGAUUUACAAUGCAGCAGGCUUCUUGGCCAAGAACAGAGAGACACUACCGGCUGAUAUCAUCCUGCUGUUGAGGUCGUCAGAGAACGAGCUCAUUCGCAAACUUGUCACACAUCCUCUCACCAAAACAGGCAACCUUGCCCACACCAAAGGUAAAGGCAUAAACACAAUGCGAAGUCCGCGGACUCCGACACGGACCAACACUUUAGCCAAGAUGGGAGUGCUAACCUUGUACAGUUCUUUUUCUUUUAGUGAGCUUUCUUGGAAAUUAAAGCACACUCCUGAAAAAAAAAGCUUGCUCGAUGUGCCUCUUGAAGACACAGUACAAAUUCAAACGCCAGCUGAACCUGGGGACACGCCUUACCACCCAAGGGAAACCACCAACAUGAAAACGCAGACAGUGGCGUCAUAUUUCAGAUAUUCUCUGAUGGACCUGCUGUCCAAGAUGGUGGCCGGGCAGCCUCACUUUGUGCGCUGCAUCAAACCCAACAACGAUCGUCACGCCAACAAAUUUGAUAGGGAGAAAGUUUUAAUUCAGCUGCGAUACACUGGCGUUCUGGAGACUGCCAAGAUCAGGCGACAGGGUUACUCUCAUCGCAUCCUCUUUGCUAAUUUCAUAAAAAGGUACUAUAUCUUAGCUUUUCAUGCUCAUGAGGAGCCAGCUGUGACCCCAGAGACAUGUGCAGCCGUACUGGAGAAGGCAAAGCUGGAGAACUGGGCAAUGGGGAAAACUAAGGUUUUCCUGAAGUACUACCAUGUUGAACAUUUGAAUCUGAUGGUGCAGCAGGCCACAAACCGACUCAUCCUGCUCCAAGCUUGUGUCCGAGGCUGGCUGGGAGCCAAACGGUACCAACGGAUGUUAAAAGAACGAGAACAGAGUGCUGUGGUGCUGCAGUCAGCUUAUAGAGGUCAUAAAGCUCGGAAGAAGGUGGCUGAUGACAAAAGUAAAGCAAAGUUUGACGGUUUUAUCAUCCAAUUUCAAGCUGUUUGCAGAGGCUAUCUUGCCAAAAAGAAGUACAAGGAGUUGGUAGAUGAGAAGAACAAAGCAGCAACCAAGAUUCAGGCUCGUUACAGAGGACACAAGGAGAGGAAGAGUUUCCAAAGAAAACGGGAAGCCAAAGAGAAAGAGAAAGCAGAAAAUGUUCUUAAAGAAAAGGAGGAAACAGCCACAGAACCAGAGAAAAAUCCUAAUGAUGAAAGUGCCUCUAAUGAAGCAGAUAAUGAGGAGGAUGAAACUAAAGCCGCUGUGGUUCUUCAGAGCAACUUCCGGGGUUACAAGGAGAGGAAAAAGUUUAAAGAGAGAAAAAAGACGAUGGCCGGUGCUGAGCUGGAGUUACCCAGCUCAGGUGAGGGAGAGAAUCAGGAAAAAAAGCCAAAUAGCACAGAGGCUGAUAAGCAAGAGAACGAUGAAGAUGAUGAAAGUACUUAUGAAGCAGAAGAGAAUGAUGACAGUGAUAAUACUCAGGUGCCAGAAGAUGAAGAGCAUACAGAGGUGGCAGAUGAAGCAGUGAUUCAGGAUGCAGUCGCUGGAAAGGAAGAGAAAGAAGAGGAGGAGAAUGGACUGGAGAAGACUGCUGGGGAUGAAACUGUCAACUCAGAUGAAGAAACCAAGGCAGCCACUGUUCUCCAGAGUAAUUUCAGAGGCCACAAAGAGCGGAAGAAGUUGCAGGAAGAAGGCAAAAUCCCAGCUAAGAAACAGAAAGCAGAAUCUCCUGCAGGUGAAGGAACAACAGCAGCUCAAGCUGGAGCAGAUUCAUCUACAAAUGAUGACAAAUCCGAUGACCCUGAUGAGACCAAAGCAGCUGUGGUGCUUCAAAGCAACUUCCGUGGCCACAAGGAGCGCAAACGACUCGAGGAGGAAGGAAAGAUCCCCAAGAGAAAGAAGGAACCAAAAAAUGAAGAAAAUGUUGAGCAGACUGAAGAACCAGUGGCAGAAUCGCAGGACAUUUCAUCAGAGAACCCAGAGGGACUGGAUGAGGAAAAAGCUGCUACUGUCCUACAGAGUAACUUCAGGGGCCAUCGGGACCGAAAGAAGCUGAAAGCAGAGAAAGAAGCACAACAGAAAGCCACAGAGGAAAGUGUGAUUCCUGAUGAGACAGAGGAGGUAACUACAGAUGAGGAGGAGGUGUUGGAUGUUACUGAUGUGGUGAUUGAUCGUAAAGAUGAGGCCAACAUUGAAAAAGAAACACAGGAGGAAGAGCAGGCUGCAGUGAAGAUCCAGAGUAACUUCAGAGGCAACAAAGACAGAAAGAACCUGAAGGCCAACAAGGAAGCAGCACAGAAUGAAGCCAAGGAACUGGAGAGCUUCUCCAAGGAGAUCACAAAGACUUCUCAGGACUUUCAGGCCCUGCAGCAGAAACUGAAUGAGAUCAUCCAAGCUCAUCAAUCAAAUCCUGAGAGCAAUGGCAUGUUUGUGCGAGGAAAAGCAAUCAAUGGCUACGCUUCCCAGCAUCACCAAUCAACUGACAAAAGAUUGUCAAGAACCCCCCGCAGAACCCAACAGCCAAAGACCCUGAACACACCAGAGGACUCCACCUAUUACACCCUCAUUCAUAGAUCUGUCCAGGAUGAUAAACGCAAACCCAGGAAAGAGGAUCCAGGUAAACUGCUGGAUGUAGAUGACCAGUACUACCACACCCUGUCCACCAGUAGGUCCGCACCUUCCAUGUCCACAGCAAACACAUCACCCAGGAGAAUGCCUGAGCGGAGACAGUCUGUAGAGCGGAGACGGUCCAUGGACAGGAGGCGGUCUAUGGACAGGAGGCAGAACGGAGACAGACGGCAGUCCACAGAGCAGAGACCAGCAGGUUCCAGUCGACAGCCGAGAGAGAGGGCUGUCACUGAACCAGAGCUUCCCAGACCUGCCAAAGACAACAGGCGUUCUAUUCCCCGGAUGUCUUCCACAGAGAGUCGGACUGGGGACAAUCCAUACGACUACAGGCAUCUGCUGAGGAAGACAUCGCAGAGACGAAAGCUCAUCAAACACUACUGAAGACAAGGAGAACGACACUGUCCUCACCACGCAGCACUGACUACCAUAACAAACAAGUCAUACAUGACAAUCCUGUUUAGUCAGGAUUCGGAUGUCUGAUUUACAAACUGGUUAUGUCAAAGAAUAGACUGUAAAUAAUAAAAUCUCUUUCAACUUGCUGUAAAUGAAGGUUUCAUUUUACGAUCUUAAAUCCAGCCACUGAUUAAAGCAGUAUUUUUUCUGAUGUAAAAGCUUGCAGGUGAUGUUCUUCAGCUUUGAAACUGUGCAUUGAAGUCAUUGUAAAGACUUUAUCAGCUUAUAUGAAAUCAGCUUCAAGCUGUAAGAAAUGUGCAUUCUUGUCUUUGCUGCCGUGUCUGGUUUCUUCAUUCAAACACAAACUACAUUAAA